CAUCCCAGCAUGAGUUCUCAGCAUGAAGUCAAUCGCUGCGGUCGUUUUCCUUGGAGUGGCUCUGGUCUCAUUCGGCAGUUCCAGGCACCUGGAGUCAAAGGUAGCUGAUAGGGAUUUCUUGGUGAAGCAAACAUUUUUCUUGGACAUCCUUCAGCAUAUCUAUCAGGACGAUGUAUUUGUGAAAAAGUAUGGGGAUACCUAUGUCGACUACAAACCUUGGGACCAUCUGAGCGAUUUUAAACAUUCCGAGGAGUUGGCGAGUUUCUUCAGUCUUUGGCAACACCAUCCGGUGCACGACGAUGAAGUGUUCUCUCCCCUGGAUCAGCGCUAUGUAGAUUAUGCCCACGGUUUGGCCAAGGUCUUCUACUAUGCCAAGGACUGGUUGGCGUUUACGCACGCUGUCUACUGGGCUCGCAUGCAUGUGAACAAGCAACUCUUUGUCUACUCCUUGACGAUUGCAAGUCUCCAUCGGGACGAUCUGUAUGGCAUAUCGUUCCCAUCGAUCUAUGAAAUUUUCCCUUGGCACUUCUUCGGCGCAGAAACACUGGAAGUUGCAGAACGUUACAAGUUGCAUGGUUUCCACAAUGUCAAAAAACUUGACAACGUCUUCAAUGUCGUGGUCAAGUCCAACUACAGCAAUGUCUUUGGAGAUGUCAACUACGCCCACUCGCUGGCCUAUUUUACAGAAGACAUUGGAUUCAAUGCAUUCUAUUACUACUACAACAUCGAUUAUCCCUAUUGGAUGAGGGGUGUCCCUGGCAAGGAACUUGUUAAGGACAAACGCGGUGAGUUGUAUCUGUAUCUGCAUCAACAGCUCUUGGCCCGCUACUACCUGGAACGUUUGUCCAAUGAUCUGGGUGAAAUUCCGCCAUUUAAUAUGUACGAAGAAUAUGAGCACGGCUACUUCAGCAAUCUGCGGUAUUAUCAAGGUGUCGGUUUCCCCGAUCGGGCCAACAAUUAUAAUUUUUAUCAUCGCGAGAACUAUGACAUUGUCAGAGAUAUUCACUUCUAUACCACCCGUAUUGCCGAGUACAUCGACACCACCAGCGAUGAUUACCGCACGGCUGUGGAGAAAUUGGGCAACAUGUUGCAGGGCAAUGCCGCCUCUGUUGACCACAAAAAGUACGGCAGUCUGGACAUUCUGUACCGUGAUUUGGUUAAUGAGGGCCGUCCAUAUGGCAGACAUGGCGAAAAUUUGCCGGCAAUUCUGAUGCAGUACGAAACUUCAUUGCGCGAUCCAAUCUUCUACUCCAUCUAUAAGGACAUAAUCAGCUAUUACUGGCGUCUGGCAGCAACAUUCCCUGAAUAUAAAUACGACGAUUUUGUCUUCAACGAAGUGUCCAUCAAAGACGUUCAUGUUCCCGAGAGCCUUUUUACAUACUUCGAUUAUUUCGAUGCUGACAUCAGCAAUGCUGUCAAUGUGGAGGGCGUUACGGGUGAUGUGUCGUCCGACUAUCUGUACCAAUUUGGUCGUAACAGUGUUCACAAUGGUCAAAGUUUUGUCAUUAAGGCCCGUCAAUUGCGCUUGAAUCACAAACCCUUCGAAUACACAUUAGAUGUCAUAUCGGACAAAGACCAAAAAGCCGUUGUUAAGAUCUUCAUAGGUCCGAAAUAUGACGAAAAUGGUCGGAAAUUGCACUUGGAGAACAACUACAUGAAUUUCUUUGAAUUGGAUCACUAUGUUGUGGACUUGGUGUCAGGUGUGAAUCAGCUAAAACGUAAGUCCGAAGAUUUUGGAUACUGGAUUGAGGACCACACCACCUACGUCGAACUGUACAGAAAGGUGUUGAGUGCCAGCACGUCGGAUUAUAAAUUCCAUCUCAAUCAACAAGAGGCCCAUUGUGGUGUUCCGAAACGCAUGAUGUUGCCCAAGGGCAAAAAGGGCGGCCUAGCCUUCCAAUUCUUUUUCAUGGUAUUCCCCUAUCAUGCCCCCGAAGUGGAACAGUACUCCACCUUUGAUCCCAUCGCCAGCUGCGGCAUUGGUUCUGGAAGCCGGUAUGUGGAUGCAUUACCAUUUGGAUUCCCAUUCAACCGCCCUGUUGUCCAUGACUAUCACUUCGAUGUUCCAAACUUUAAAUUCCACGACAUUAAAAUCUAUCAUAAAGAAGAUCCCGUCAAUGUGGUCUAGGAGUGGUGUAAGGUGUGCAAUUAUUUAAAAAAAUGCAGCAUAAAUGUUUUCAAUAAAGCAAUCAUAAAAUGUU